AUGCGUCGAUGCGCCAGGACGCGACAGCGCCGGAAAAACUACAUCUCCCACAAUCCUCGGCGAAGGCUCCCUAGGUACUGGCCUGACUUCCGGCUGCGGCGUAUCUGGAGAGGGGCACAGCCUGACAGGAAAGGAAGGUUGGGAGGGGGCUCCGUCAGCGGCACCUGGUUCACCCUCCCCCGGCUGCGCCAGGUUCAUUCUCUGCGCGUUCACUUCCGCGGUGGCGCCGUGUCCACCACGGCACUGCGAGGUCCGAGGGGCAGUAACCCUCUGGAACUAGACAAUUCAUGUGAGAUAAGAAAGAAGAGCCCACAAGACCAAGAAUGCAUUCUCAGUUUACAGACCACUGACCAGAGACCACUCCAGGGUGUCAGGACUAAGAGAAGUCACAAAACAGCGGGUUUCCCAAGAGCAGUGGAAAAUGAUCCAGUCACAGGUUGCGACCUGUCGUUCCCCGGCAAUAAACUGGUCUCUGGAGAUCACUGUAAAAUUGUAGUGGAUGAAAAAUCAGGUCAGGUGACACUGGAAGAUACCAGCACCAACGGAACAGUGAUUAACAAGCUGAAAGUUGUGAAGAAGCAGACGUGCCCUUUACAGAGUGGGGAUAUCAUCUACCUGGUGUACAGGAAGAAUGAACCGGAACACAACGUGGCAUACCUCUAUGAAUCUUUAAAUGAAAAGCAAGGCAUGACACAAGAAUCCUUUGAUGCCUCAGGUGCAGGUGUAGGUGCAGGGCCAGGGGCCGAUCCCCGGCUCCCUCCGUUGUCGCCCACCGCUCAGGUGUGCUUUGAGGAACCACAGCCAUCAACGUCGACGUCAGACCUCUUCCCCACAGCCUUGGCCUCUUCCACGGAGCUGCCUCCUGCAGGGCGAGAGCAUUCCUCCAGUUGCGAGUCUGGGGGUGGUGGCAUCUCCCCUAAAGGAUGUGGUCCCUCCGUGGCAAGUGAUAAAAUCUCCAGCUGUGCCUCAGCUCUCCCAGACAGAAAGCCUGCAUCCUUUUCGUCAUUGGAACCCCAGGAUCAGGAGGAUUUGGAGCCCGUGAAGAAGAAAAUGAAAGGAGACGGGGACCUUGACCUGAACCUGCAGUUGUUGGUCGCACAACCGCGUAGAAACGCCCAAACCGUCCAGGAGGACGUCAGAGCAGCGACUGGGAAGCCAGACAAGAUGGAGGAGACGCUGACAUGCAUCAUCUGCCAGGACCUGCUACACGACUGCGUGAGUUUGCAGCCCUGCAUGCACACGUUCUGCGCGGCCUGCUACUCGGGCUGGAUGGAGCGCUCGUCCCUGUGCCCCACCUGCCGCUGUCCUGUGGAGCGUAUCUGUAAAAACCACAUCCUCAACAACCUCGUGGAAGCGUACCUCACCCAGCACCCAGACAAGAGUCGCAGUGAAGAAGAUGUGCAAAGUAUGGAUGCCAGGAAUAAAAUCACUCAAGACAUGCUGCAGCCCAAAGUUAGGCGGUCUUUUUCUGAUGAAGAAGGGAGUUCAGAGGACCUGCUGGAGCUGUCAGACGUUGACAGUGAGUCCUCGGACAUUAGCCAGCCAUACGUUGUGUGCCGGCAGUGUCCUGAGUACAGAAGGCAGGUGGCGCAGCCUCCCCACUGCCCAGCAUCCGAGGGUGAGCCAGGAGCCCCGCAGGCCCUGGGGGAUGUACCCUCCACGUCCGUCAGCCUCACGACAGCAGUCCAGGAUUACGUGUGCCCUCUGCAAGGAAGCCACGCCCUGUGCACCUGCUGCUUCCAGCCCAUGCCCGACCGGAGAGCGGAGCGCGAGCAGGACCCACGUGUCGCCCCUCAGCAGUGUGCCGUCUGCCUGCAGCCUUUCUGCCAUCUGUACUGGGGCUGCACCCGCACCGGCUGCUUCGGCUGCCUGGCCCCGUUCUGUGAGCUCAACCUGGGUGACAAGUGUCUGGACGGCGUGCUGAACAACAACAGCUACGAGUCGGACAUCCUGAAGAAUUACCUGGCAGCCAGAGGUCUGACGUGGAAAAACAUGUUGACCGAGAGCCUCGUGGCUCUCCAGCGAGGAGUGUUCCUGCUGUCUGAUUACAGGGUCACGGGGAACACCGUGCUGUGUUACUGCUGUGGCCUGCGCAGCUUCCGGGAGCUGACUUACCAGUAUCGGCGGAACAUUCCUGCUUCCGAGUUGCCAGUGGCUGUAACAUCCCGUCCUGACUGCUACUGGGGCCGUAACUGCCGCACUCAGGUGAAAGCUCACCACGCCAUGAAAUUCAAUCAUAUCUGUGAACAGACAAGGUUCAAAAACUAAGCAUCCAGAGGCCCCGAGCAGCUUUCAGCACUGAAGGGGAAGAGAGCGUGUUUUUAAAAUACAGAGACAAACAUGUCAGGGCGUUUUCACGGCCCCCUGAGGGACGCAGGGUCUCCGGCAGGUGCUCUGGGGUGGCUCUUCUGUGGAGCUUUACCCUCUGAGUGAGACCCUCCCCAGAGCCCUGGGGGCCACAACCCGCCCUCCUGGCGAGUGCUGGGUGGGGCUCGUGGUGGCGUGAGCAGCAGAGACGAAGCCUUUCCGUGACACGCAGCCGUCCCGCCCAGAGGGGCAGGUUUGCUCUUUUGUAUGUUUUCCGUGACCACAGGUAAAGCAGAAGUCUGUUUUCAGGACGAGUUUCAAGGGAGAAAGGGGACAGUUUAUCAAAAACAUUGUUUCAGGAGAAGGGAGCAUAAGUUUACAGCCUACAGGAUGUACACAAUAUUCUGCUGUUGGGAAAACCACAGCAUUUUAUAUAUUUUUUAUUUUAAUAGGUUUGGUGCUUAUCUUCUAAUAAGAUUUAAAUAUCACAAACUGUAGCACAAAUAAUAUAAUUUAUAAUUUACAAAUUGACUAAAAUUGGGUAUAGUAUGGUAUUUGAAAGAAUAAGCAUAUGCUUCUGUUUAUUGAAAAAAAACUUCCAGUGUCCAAAACUG